UAUGUUGCCAUGAACUUCGUUCGUUUGUCUUUUUUAUUACCCAGUUUGUUGGCCUUCAGCAGGGUACUAUUUGCUGUGACAGGAGCGCCAAUUAGCCAUUUCCAAAUCGAACAGAGGACUGGGUCUAGUUGCUUGUUUGGAGGGACAAAAAUAAAAAAUAUGCCAAAUAUGGCAUCUGGGAAGUUUUAAUUCCUACAUAAGUUACUUGUGCAGCCUGAAAUUCAGCAAUUAUAAUAAGGCAUAUUUUAAUAUAUAUUUAGCUCGCUCACUAUAACUUGUUGUCACUUCAAACGUCCCUCCUAACAUCAACUAGACCCAAUCUUCUGCUCGAAUGGGAAAUGGCUAAUACAACCUGCUGCACCCUAUUUUACUCUCACUGUCAAAUGCCAGUUGAUUUCACUAUUAAGGGGGAGAGUGUUGCAACCCAAAAUAUGUUCUUGUGUGUGUGUGUGCGUGGAUUAUGCUAUAAUGGGAAUUGUUAAGUAUUGGAGUGCAUUAAUUGUUUAAUUCUGUGAAAUGUGAUUUAUAAGGAGAAGGUGGUUAUGGUUACAACGUUUCUGUUUGCAGAUGCACCAAAGAUUCCAGAUAAUUGGCACAAAUUCAACGUGCAUAAGAAAAGAAAAUUAGUCGUCGAUCUAGUGACAGAUUAUGGUAAUGGACAAUAAUUCCCAAUGGCAAUAACUAGAUCAAUGCCUGUCGAAAUUUUAAUCGCCGAGCCGACAGCCGACGGCGCGAAGCGCCUUGCGACGGUACUAAUUCCGCCCGGUUAUUUACACCCGGAGAAAGGAACACACUAGCGAACUCUAAAGUUAAUCAAGUAUAGCGGGGCAUGGCUCACCGUUCAUGGGUGGUCAUUCUCACUGAUCUCAAAAUAUGUAAAGGGCUGUCGUGAAUAGUGAACACUGAUUGGUCAAGUUUGAAAUUUGCAUUGUAAUGACUGCAUUGACAUCAGCAAAUAACAAACAUUUCUUGCAAGUCAGUGUAUUUUUGCAAGAUUUUGUAAAUUUCACAACAUUUUAGAGAGCCAAAAAACGUCUAAAAACGUCUGAAAGAAUAGAGCAAAGUCGCCGACGUUAAUGAGGGUAGGUUUGUUUUAAAUAUCGAUGUAUUGUUUGUUUUAUAAUUGAUCUAUUUAUAACUGAUAAUGGCGGGCGAUACUGCGGAUAUCGAACUGAUACUAUCAUUGCGUAUAUAAGUGAAAAAAGACAGCCUAUGAUUUCAGCGUAGUUUUAUUAAUUACCCUUUCUUUUGUAUAUUAAGGUAUUUAAAUAAAGAGGAAAGCAAAGUUAUUUUCAUGCGAGAAUUUCAAAUCAGUUUCAAAGUCAAUGUUUGAUAAUUCGAUAAAAGGCCGUUUAGUUUUAAGUCUUUUAAGAACAUUUUAAAACGCUUUGCGAAGCGUUUGUGGUUGAAUUUUACAUUAAAUUGAAGCUUAUAUUUCGUAUAAUAAAAUACCUAGCAUAUAUAUGUUUGGGAAAUUGACAAUUUUCUUAUUAAAAGUGAUAUUUGGGGGGUAUUUUUCAAUUUUAAAACUAUUCUUAAAAUUAUCGUGCUACCAUGACAAAUACUUUCAAUUCUUCAUAUUCAGAAAAUAUAAUGUUUUGUCAAGGCGAGGGUUUCUGCAUGCAUGUAUUUUCUAGUAUAUAACUUAAACAGUAACAAACAAACAUUUAUUGAUUUUAUUUUAAUAAUUAUUAAAGGAACCAAACGACCGAAGUGGGGUCGUGAGGGUUGCCAACCACAUUGGUGGCCGUUGGAUAUUUCUUUUAUUGACCCAAAUAACGGAAGCAAUAACCUAGGGGUAGAGUCAUUGGAUGGAAUCGUGUCUGCGGCACAUAAUGCCUUUGAUCAUGAUCGUGCUGAUGACAAUGAUCGUGAUGUUGAUUUUGAUGAUCAUGAUUGUGAUGAUGUUGACGAUGAUCGUGAUGAUGACGAUGAUCGUGAUGAUUCUGAUAAUGAUGAUGAUGAUGAUGAUGAUGAUAAUGAUGAUAAUGAUGAUGAUGAUGAUGAUGAUGAUGAUGAUGAUGAUGAAGAUGAAGAUUAUGAUUGUGAUGAUGAUGAUGAUGAUAAUCGUGAUGAUUAUAACAAUAAUAAUAAGACUGAGAAACUACCGCAAUCUUGGACAUAACUGGUCCAGACUAUUUAUCCCUUAUAGAAAAUUCACAUAUUUUCAUGAUAAACUGCAUGUUGAAUCAUGCUGCCCUUCUUAAGCCCCCGCUCCCCCAACUCAAUGUUGAGCUUGUGUCAUGAUAUAUUACCAAAAGUUGUUUCGGCGUUGUUUACAACAUUGAACUGGGGGAGGGGGAGGAGAGGGAGACAAAAUUUUUUGUUAAUGUCCAAUAGCUGUGAAAUAUUAGCUGGAGUGGUCUCAAGGGUCUUGUCAAGAUUGUAGAAUUGCAAUUAUAUAUAUGUUAAAAUAAAUAUGUACCGGGUGUCCCCAAAAAGCUGUACCCUGUUUGAUUUCAUGUAACAUGAAACCUAUAGAAGCUAUUAAUUUCGCUAAAAUAAAAAGCAGUGCAUUCACAAAUGAUUAUCUUAGACUUUGAUACAUAACAUUUAAUUUUCCGUGCAAUAUUGACGGAAAUACAAGUGUUUGAAGUUGCGAGGAGUUAUAGAAAUUGGUGAAAUAACGAAAAAAAAUCGCUGCAUCAAACUAAAUUGAAAGCAGUUGUCACUUUUCAUGGAAUCUUUUUAACUUCAGUGAUUUUAUCUUUAAUUUUAGGUUAUUCCCUUGCAAAUUUACUUUUAAAAGUAAAAAUUACACUUAGAGAUUGAUUCUUUGCAAUAAAACAAAGUCAGUAAUUCGCGUUAAAAGAAAAAUCCCUUGGGAUUCAAAUUCGCAAUUUCAUUGUUAAAGAUGUCUGAGUUAACAAGAGACAAAAGGUUUGGCUUUGUAUAGAAUACGCUAGAGAACAACGGUACAUUCAAGUUCAAAGACACACUUUUCAUGAUGAGUAAACUCAUAUUAGUUAAUCAUUUUAAAUAUAAAUGCAUUCUUUUAGCUAGAAUAAAAAUAAUCAACAAGUAAGCUAAAUUGGAACUUGAUAUGCUGUUUUAUGCUAAUUUUUGAACUUCUCAGAAAUGGUGUUUCAACUUUGAAACGUCAAUUGCUCUGUCAAUAUCGCGCAGAAAAAUAAAUGUUAUAUAUCAAAGUCUAAGAUAAUCAUUUGUGAAUGCAAUACUUUUUAUUUUAGCGAAAUAGCUUUUAUAGGUUUUACGUUACAUGAAAUCAAACACGGUAUAGUUUUUUGGGGACAACCGGUAAUAUAUAUUAUAUUGUUAAAUGAAAUAAAUAAUGUGUAAGUCUCAACAUCUUUAAAUUCGAAUUUACGAAUCUUUUUCUCAAAUAUUAGGAUAUUGUCUGCCGCUUUUAUGACAUCUGGUAGACUGUUCCAUAUUUUAGGUCCUCAAUGCCUUUUCAUUUAAUUUCUCAAGCUUGUUAGAAUCACUCUUACGCCAAAAGUGCCUAACAGUAGAACAGCAAUUGAGAUAUGAUAAUAUAAAUGAAUUAUAAGGGAGCAGUCAUUAUUAAUGGCGAAGACAUUUGGGGGGCCACCAAAAAUUGAUUAACCACUUAGGAGGGGGGCUACCAAAAAUAUCAAAGAAGGAUAGGGGGCACCAAAAAUAAUGUACAAUAAUCUUAAAACAUCAGCCAUUAUAGUUCACUGUAAUAUAAAUGUCAAUGCUAUAUAAGUAUAGGUAAUCACAUGGCCGGAAGGAGUGCAAUUAAUGAUUAACACUACGAGUAGUAUUUGAAAAAUGUGCCAAAAUUGCACAAGCCGUUAAUAAUUGAUUGCACGACUAAUUAUUUCUUAGAGGGUAGUAUGAUGUCUUGA